AUGAAACUGCCCACGGAGAUUGUCGCCCAGAUAUGCGCGUCGCUCGACCUUGAGUCCCUGCUCCAGCUCAGUUACACAAACGCCAGACUGCGGGCAGUGGCCUCAAAUCUAUUCCAACAAAAGAUCCAAGCGAGCUGGCCCUGGAUCACGGACUGCUCCGACUGGUACCAAGAAGGUAUCAAAAUCGUGCUGGCGAGAAGACGAAUGCGUGAGAAGAGCCCCAUGAGCGAAGAACUGCCUGUGGUGCAGGUUGCCAGACACCUGAUCCAUGUGAACGAGCCUGUGCCUGAGGAAGCGAUUCUGUUGGGUCCGGAAACCAAGUACAUGGACGACGACCACGAUCUGUAUUUCCGCACCGCUUCUCUGACCCGAAUCAACCCCCGCAACAUGGCCAAUCCGCUGUCGUACCACGAUCCUCUGUGCAUGGAUGUGGACGACUUUCUGCAGCUGACAGGCACCAAGAACGCACACGGAAAGACGAUAGUGACACACACAUUUAUGGGGAGAUAUUGGAUAUUUGCAUACGACGAGGGAGGAGGGGUGCUCGAGGCCCCAAAGCUCGCUGCUAUUGAUAACUGGAUAUACUGCUACUUUCAGACCCGCGAAGACGGUUACACGGUUAUCAAGCACCAUUGCAUCACUGAUGGCGUCAAAGAUGUCCCUGACUAUCUUGUAUCGCUUGCAAAAUCGGAAUACGGGUCCACUUACGACCUUGACUUUUUCUUUUCGCGCGAAAACGUCUUUGUGAUCGAUAAACUGGUUUUCGGAAAUGAGGACGACUUCAAGCCUGUCUACUUUCGGCUUUUGAAUAUGGAAACAGGCGCCACGGUACCCCUUUGUUUUGUGGACAAGUCGGAUACCCAUGUGGUGGAGUAUGAGGCGUUUGUGGACUACAUGCGGUACUUGUGGCUGGAUGGGCCGUUCUUUUACAUCUACUCGGGUGCCGACGAGAUGAUUAUUGUGGUGGAUGUGAAAGAGGGGCUACUAACAAUCUCUCUGCAGGACAAUUUGGGUGGUGAGUGA